ACAGUGGCUCUUUGUUUUUUAACUACAAAAAAACCUUUAGCAUAGUCCUACUCGCCACUUGUGAUUCUAACUACACAUUUACUGAUGUGGAUGCGAUGGUGGUAUUUUAUCGAAAAGUGCCUUUGGGAAAAUGAUUUUAAGGGCAGAACUUGACAUACCGUCACAAGAUUAUCUUCCAGGAUCUAACAUAAAUUCCCCAUAUUUCUUUGUUGGUGACAGUGCGUUUCCACUAAAACCGAAUUUAAUGCGACCAUAUCCUGGCAGAAAUGUGUCCACCCUAAAAGCUAAUUUUAAUUACAAGCUCUCUGCUGCGCGAUUACUUAUUGAAAAUGCAUUCGGCAUUUUAUCAAACAGAUGGAGGGUUCUACAUAAGCCCAUUCAUGCCGCGCCCAAGAAUGUAGAUAAAAUAAUUUUAGCAACAAUUGUGUUACAAAACUAUCUUAUGCUGGAUAGAGACCCCAACUAUUUUAACGAGAAUUUAGUCGAUCAUGAAGUAAACGGAAGUUUAAUUCCAGGUACUUGGAGGGACACAGACACUUCAAUGAACUCUGUCAAAAUAGGGCAAAUAAAUUGCUCAUCUGAGGAAGCAUUUAACCUUAGGGAAACUAUUGCUAACUAUUUUACUGCAACUAAUAACUGA